GUUAAUACAAGUCUUCUACUCUAUGACCACGUGAUAAAAAAUAGACGCGUAUAACAUUCGCCCAACGCGACGAUGCAGCAAUGCAUAAGCAUACUCCAGUUGGAUACUUGCAUAAAUACCUAAGUAAUUUGAUUAGAGUUUGCUCAACACUGUGAUUUUGCCGACUGCAAAAAUUCCUUAUGUAUCAUUUCAUUAGUUCCUUUUAAGCUGCGGCUCACUGCGAAAUAAUAUUUAAGUAAUACGCUUCAAUAUUCAGAUCUAAUCAUAGAUGCAUAUAACCAUUUUUCUGUGGAUAUGUGCAUACCUAUGUACUUUAACGUACUGAGGAAGUACACACACCAAGGUUUGCUGGAUCAACGAGAAAAUUUAUGUAGAUAUGCACGUAUGUACAUAGUCUUGAUAUAGGAAGAAAUAUACACGUUUGUUUUUCCGUGAGGAAAUGUUAUGCAGAAUUUGCAAGCACAUGAACUAUUUUUCAUUCCGAGUUUGAGGCAAUCAUUUGAUUGAGUCGGUUUGGGCGAAUUUGUAAUCCGCUGAUUCAGUAUACGUCUGUAUUGCCAGAAGUUGCAUUAUACUGGAAAAAGAUCAGCGUUCAUGUAUCUCUGCUGGUAUUGAGCAUAUUAAAAUCUGUUGUGGCAUACAUGUGUAAAUUCGCAUAUGUAGGCAUUAUAAAGUUACAAGUUGUAACGACCUCGUUUUUUCAGCAAGAGGACAACGUAUUCGUAUUCUACAUCCACGCAUAAACUGGCGACGACGACGACGACGACUGUGAAUAAGUGAGUAGUGAAUAACUCUUAAUAAUAAUAAUAAUAAUAAGAUAAAAUAUAAAGCAAUAUAGCAGAAUCUGCUUACAUACAGCAGCAAGUCCUUUGUGUUCGCAUAAAUUCGAAAUUUGCAUUAAGAUGGCCUCGAAAACAUCCGAGGAGACGAGCGUAUGUACGUACGUACAUUUAUCGUGCAUAGUUUGCAUAAGCACAGAAUAAUAAUAAUAAACAUUCUCCUAUCCUUCCUAUCAACUGGCUACAAGAUCUCCGAACCAAAUUAAAUAUUAGCAAGUCCUCUCCGUACAUGUGCAUGUGUACAAAGAUGAGAUAAAAAAGAAAGAUGUUUGAACAGUGGAUGAUCCAACACGAGUUUCAUAGUCUCAUCAUCAAAUAAAUAAGUUCUAUAUAGCAGCCUAGUAAACUGACCACUUGUUAAUGUCAGGCAGUAUGCAUGCAUAAAUCAAUCACACAACUACGAUUAUGACCAACUCAACAUUAAGUCACAAACCAUUAAUAGCAACAGUGCAUCGCUUUGGGUUGUCGUGAAAAGCUAAAUUCACAGCUAAAUCUUGGAAAAACGAAACGAAUCUAUUCAUAAAAGUGUGAACUCUAACAAUAAGAAGCAGAUCAGGAGUACUGUUGUGACCUUAUCUUGUACAUAGCACUCGUAAAUACAGCAAGACGAGUGAAUAUGGAGACUGAACAUUUGUUGUGGGUGGGUGUGUCCUUCGCCAUCAGUCUGUUUCUGGUCUGGAUGGUGUGGAACUUUUUCUGUGGGGGAGGGAAGAAAGGAGACGGGUCUUCGGGGGACGGCAGUGAUCGAGACGAUGAUUCUGAUAGCUUCAGCAGCACGCAUGUCAUCACGGGUGGUCACCCAGGAAAGGGAGGCAAGAGGAAACGGCGCUUCAAACGUGCCACGAUGAACGACCACUCGUCAACCAAUGAGAACACGACGACGGACGACGAAUCCGCAAGGGGCGAGUAUGGUGAGGACCGGGGAAAGCGACCUCGUCGAAAAAGCCGUCGAGAACGGAGAUCGAGUACGUACCAGUACAAGGAGAACAACUACGGCCUCCACGACCCCUUCAGUGAGUGGGCCCCGAAGGCGGACAAUUUCAGGGAUCCAACCAUUCCCAUCGUUCACAAUUAUCCAAAGUCUCCUUCUGCACCGAGAAAGCUAUCUCAUGUACAAGUCAAUCUGUCGUAGCGAUGACUUUUUGAUGCGUAACUAGUGAUCCGUUUUUUAAUUUAUUUUUCACACAAUUUGUAAUUUUAUUGUUCUAUAAGAUUUGGUAUAUUUACUGUGUUGUACAGUACAUAAGUGAACCAUUGUGCCACACACUAAUCAAGACUAUCUAUUAAGUAAUUAUCUACUAAUAAAUAUUCAGAUCUGACAAU